AUGUGCACACAGCCACACCUGAGCUCGGUGCUAUCCAUGCCUGGUUCACAUAGAAACCAUUUAUCCAUUGGGAGCACCGACUUGAGUAGAAGCGUCGCGAGCGCCAACAUAUGUGAGCCUUGUACCGCGUUAGACGGGUACGAAAGCUCUGAGCCUGAGC